AGUGGCUGCAAUAUUUUUGAGAAAGACACAAACCUGUCUGAUUCCAUUCAGUGCAAAUCAUCAGAAGCGGAGGUGAGAAACUACUUUGGUGAGAAGUUCAUGCACUGAAAGUCAUCAUUUGUAAGUUUUAUCACUUCAAACAUUCUGCAUAAUCCUAAUUUCAACAGAUUGGAGUCCGCAAAAAGGUCGCUUUCGGCUCUAAAAGGGUUUUUGGUCACAAAGUUUUCUGCUAUUAAACAUAACAAAAACAUUUGUAUUUCAUAUCGUUACUGGUAUCAAGGAAGAGCGAGAGUCUGGGUGACUGCAGAUAUGGACAAAGAACUGGACACGUUAGGGUUAGUGUGCAAAGUUCUGGCAAGGUUUUGGAGAUGCAUAUAUGACCCAUUCAUAUGGUUUACAACUAUCAGAGACUCACACAAUCCCGUUGCAGACUGUUUGUGAAUGAAGAUCUAUACAAACUCCACAAUUUUAAAUGCUCAUGACCAAAGCUGUUUUUAUCAUGAACUGCCAUCAAUAACACACAUGCACUUUCACAUUUUAUGUUCAAAAGCUGAGUAUCUGUAUCAGUAUUCAAUACAAAAAUAACGUGUAUUAGGCUGAGAUCUCACGUGAGCUUUCUUUAUUUUGGGCACGUGUCUGUUGUGGCAUGUUAGUGGGCAAAAAAAAAAAAAAAAAAGAAGAAAGUAAAUAGCAUGAAUCUUGGCAGGUUUAAUUGGUUGCUUCUGCUUCGACAGACUCACGUUCACACACACACACACACACACACACCUGCUCAGCUCACUGCUAGAGAAAGACACACACACAGCUCUUUAAUAUACGUAGCAAGGAAGAUAGAUGUUAGACGUGCCCUACAAAUCAGCUAAUCUCCAUACACCACCUUCCUGCUGCAGAUUCCCACUAAACCACCAGCCACAGAACCCUCAACGCAGACCAGGGAGCUGCCCGGUGUGACUGGGCGCCUCAGUAGGUAGUACCACGGAGUGAAGACCACCCGCUUGUCGGCAAGAACCUCCUUCUCAGUGGUAUUUAGACUUCCACACUGAGAGCUCCCAACUAAUGUUUAACACCAAGCAGCCCUCCACGUCCACCACCCAGGACAAAUCGGCCCCAGUCCUCUGGUGUGCAACACAUAAGGAGAUUAAAGUUAGGAGAGUGGAGCAGAUCACCACCACAGAGUGCAGCUUUAACACUCAUGGAGUUAUGAAGGAAGGAUCAGAUGACUUGUGAAGGAUCAGAUCUGGUGACCCCAGUCUCGUUAUUCGCUAGUGUGUCUUCUCUAGUGCAUAUUCAUUCUGAGUCAUUUGUACAUUCUUUAAUUUAAUUGUUUGAGCAUUUGUAUUUUGUGUUUUGGGGUUUUUACUUCUGUGUUUCGAGCCCUGACAACUAUUUACAGUACACAUAAUCUGGUAAGUAAGUUAUCUAAAAUAAUGAAAGCGGGGCUGCUUGGUGUCACAAUUACAGUAUUUGCAAGAAUUUGUUUGAGCCACUUGAUAUGAAAGUUUAGGACUGAGUUGGUGAGGACGAAGGGCAGAAGAAUUAGCAGCUGUAGCAUUUCCUAUGAUUCAUUUGUUAGAAUAAUUUUUGUACACACUUCCUCUUGACCAACAUUUAAAUGUGCCUGUAGAGUUCAGAGAAAUAUUAUUAUAUGAAGGAUUUUAUGGUCAGAACAACAGCAGCUGCACAGAGAGAUAAAGAUGGCAUAAAUACACAGUUUGUCAUCAAUUAUUUAAGAGAGCAGUUAUUAUUAUUAUUAUUAUUAUUAUUAUAAACAGAACAUGCCUAUGACAGGGGUGAAAUUCUAUCUCCAGGAAUUUCUUUUUGACAGGAUCAUAACUAUACAUUUUUAAAGACUUAUUUUCAUUCCUAUCCUGGUGGUGAGAGCUCCUGACCUGAAAUUCCAGCAGAUAAUUACGUACCAUACAUACAUGUGUAUAACCUGGAAAUGCAGUAAUUGAUACACUAAUAGAUGCAGCAAGACAGAGGUUAUUUAAUAAAAUAAUGAAGGAACAGGUCUGAAAAAUAACACUGUGAAUGUUGGGGAUUAUAUUCUGUCUCAACUUAACAGAAUAUUUGCAUAAACUUAUCAGCCAGAUCAAUAAAUGUGAUGUGAUUGUAAUGUGAUGUAACCAGGAAGUGGUUGCAAUAAUUUUGAUUGUUAUCAGCAGAACGACACAAACCUGUCUGACUCCAUUCAGUGCAAAUCAUCGAAAUAAGAUCAGCAUGAUUUUUUCAGUCAUUUGGUCUGUAAUGCUUAUCAUGGCCCUGCUUUACUGGAAAACUAUUAACUCAUAUUUUUUUAUUCAUUUGCCAAAUCCCACCCACUAGCUAGCUAGCUAGCUAUCCCCUAUCACGUGACCUCUACCAACAGCGAUGUAAAGCAUACCUCUACAUCUUUUCAAACUGCUGCACAUGCAACUUUGCUGGCCAGAAGAACACACUUGGAGAAAAACGCUAACUGCCCUAAGAUGCCCAUGAUUGGUUAGUGUUGAACUCAUUGACAAAGGAGAUAGAGUAUGUCAUCAUUCCCAUCUAGAGACCAAGACCAGCUCUCUGGGACUCCUGGCUAAAGAUAGCGAAGGCAUCGUUGAGUUCGAACGUACAAUCUCUGUUUUUUUAAUGUGACAACACUCAGUAGUCCGCCUAUCGACCUAUUUCUAAUCUACCUUUCCUGGCUAAAGUGUUGGAAUGGUUAUAGCCUCACAGUUACAAAUAAUAAUAAUGGCUUUCAAACACUGAACAAUACUGAGACUGCACUUUUAUGUGUCUUAAAUAGUCUUCGUCUCUCCUCUGACUCUACUGCCAUCACCAUUCAUUUCAUUUUUGAUGUCAGUGCUGCUUUUAAUAUAAUAAAUCAUGAUGCACUCAUUUCCAUUCUCUCAGGUAUUGGGGUUACAGGUUUAGCUCUUGUCUGGUUCAAAUCUUAUCGUACUAACAGACAUCAUUUUUUCCACAAUUUCCACAAAUAUCUGCUACUCAAGGUGUUCCCCAGGUAUCAGUUCAUGGCCCUUUUCGUUUCAUUAUUUGUUUAUUUCUUUUCUUUAUUCUUUUCAUUAUUUAUGUACUUCAGUGAACAUCAUGCUAUGAACUAGUGGUCCUAGUAGUGCCACCUUACUGGUCAGAGGUCAGAGAUUGGGGCUUUUGUGAUUAAAUUAAGAGGUGUAGGAGGAAAAAAAGCAACUGCAAAAACAAAAGGCCAUGCACAAGCUCUGACAAGCAAGUGUAGGAGUGUCGAGAGUCUCUACUCUACUCUAACCAAUCUACUGAGGAUAUUGCUGAGCGAUGGAAGGAGCAUGUUGAGGAGCACCUUAACUCAGCAGACCAGAAAUCUCUGGGGUUUUGUAGUACAUCUCUGUGGUUGAGGUUCCUAUGGCAGUUAGAAGCCUCCAUAGUGGCAAGGCCUGCUGAUGUGAUGCAGAUGUCUGAACCUUACACACUUCUACUGUUCUGGGUCCUCUUGACUUCCGGAUUGCCUGAUUUAUCCUGAUGCUUUACUUCCACUUGGAGCUUCUGCAGUUGUGACUCACCUUCUGCUGCUCUAGAAGGUCCCACAUGAGCACCUAAAGAUUUCCCUCCCCAAAACCAGUUUAUGCCCAAGAGUCCCCCUUACAUCACUGGAUAAUCUUAGCCAGAUACUUUAGAUUUGUACUGAAACUGCUGCUGUAGUCGGUAAGACUGUCCUGUGCUCAUCCCAGGACUCAUUCAUACAUCCUUUCAACACGCUUAGUACCGUUUGUCUUUACUCUUCUACACCUGUAUAGUGUAAUGAUUUAUCCCAGUACAUCACCCAAAAGAGGAAGGGUUCCCUUUUAAGGUCCUCUUAAGGUUUGUCUCAAAAAUUUCUUCCUUUUGUUGUCUCAUGGAAUUUUCUUCACCUCUGUCAUCUCUGGCUCGUUCAUUAUAAUCAAAAUUUACAUCUGGAUUUCUGCAGUGAUGUCUAUUGUUAAAGGCAUUAUACAAAUAAAAUCAAUCUAUAAUGCUACACUCUAUUGCAUUCAACAGUAGGUGUUGAAUUUUGCCCCGUUACAGUUCAGGUGCUUUUUUUUAAUCCCAUUACAUGUAUUUCCUGCUUGUUUUGUUUUGUCAAGCAAACUGUAGCAAGUGAAGAUAAUUGCAUGCUAUGUGCUUAAACUGGAAAUGCGGUUGUAGGUUAUUUCCAUAACUGAGGAGGACAUUCCAGUGAUGUAGCAGGUCUGACAAAUAGCACUGUGGGAAGACUGGGUAGAUACAACAGUGUGUCAAAGGAGAACAAGUACACCUUCUGACUUACACAGACAGAGACAGAGGGCUGAAUGCAAACAUGCUGAGAUUUCAGUGUGUGGUCAUGGCCUUGGUCUUGUAUUUAAAAGGUUCGCUCUCCCAACUCAAUGUAUGUGGUCGUGCACCUUUUAACAGCCGUAUUAUGGGUGGGCAGAAUGCUUCAGAAGGGGCAUGGCCAUGGCAGGUUAGUUUACAGAGGCCUGGUAAAGACGGCGGCCAUUUCUGUGGAGGAUCCCUCAUCAGCAAAGACUGGGUUCUGACAGCAGCCCAGUGUUUCACCAGGAAAAGUAAUUCUGCUGUGACUGUGUAUUUGGGGAAACAGACUUUCAAUGGCUUCAAUCCCAAUCAGAUUACCAGACAUGCUAAACAGGUGAUCCUGCACCCCAACUACAACAGCACAACCAAAAACAAUGACAUCGCGCUUGUGCGUCUGCACGCUUCUGUCAACUUCUCAGACUACAUCAGACCAGUAUGCUUGGCUGGACAAGGCAGCAAUUUUCCUGAUGACACCAUAAGCUGGAUCACAGGCUGGGGAAACAUUAACUCUACAGUGCCUUCGCCUGGUGUGCUGCAGGAGGCAAUGGUGCCCAUUGCUAAUGCAUAUGUUUGUGAUUAUCUAUUGAAUCCUGGAUCCAUGACCACAAACAUGAUCUGUGCCGGUUAUCUAGAUGGAGGCCCGGACACCUGUCAGGGGGACUUUGGUGGUCCGAUGGUGACUAAGCUGGGUGCAGCUUGGAUUCAGGCUGGUAUCACUAGCUGGGGUAAGGGCUGUGAUCAGCACAGCUCACCCGGUGUGUAUACUCUGGUGUCCCAGUAUCAGAUCUGGAUAUCCAGCAUCAUCAAACAGAACCUUCCCGGAUUUGUCAGGUACCAGCGCAGUGGGACGACCGGCGGCAGUACUGAUGGAUGAAAACAUUUUAAUUUAACAACUGUAUUUAUUAUUUAAUUAUUUACUACACAUGUCUAUAUAUAUUUUUUUACUGGAGUUGAAGAUAAUACUUUUGAUAUAUAGCUGUUAUUUUGAAGCAGUGUUGUAAACAGUGUUGUUUAGUAUCAUAAUUAAAUUGCAGACACAUGAA